AUGGUUCCCCUCAUAAUGCUCCGUGGGACAUUGGAUUCCUCAGCUUCCGGUGGACAAGGGGGUAUUCAACAUGAGGGAAAACAGCCCUAUCCACCAGUGACCUCGAUCGGCAUCGAAUCGACGACCGAGUCGCAGAGCUCUUCCGCAGCGCCCCGGGAUUACCAGAACAUGUCCCAGACCAGGAUGGAGGAAAAUACACAAGAUGGAUCACAGGAGGAUGCUACAGAAUCCCCGGGUGUGGUGCCGGCGCCAUCUGAUCUGGAGUCAUCAAUCACCAUCCCUAAGCCAGAGCUGCUCUCUGGACGGAUGAAGGGACUUUCAAUAUCAACCAAUACUUCAGACCGCACCUCGUCGCCGGGGAGCGACGUCCCUCCUCCACCACCGGAGAAGGACGACGCCUACCUUCAGCCCAAGCCCCAGUCACCGACCAAAGUGCCCCCGGAGUGGUCAGAAAAGGAAUUGCCAGAAGUCCCUGAAAGCCAGGGACAACGGAAUAAAACCAAGAAUGAGGGUUUCCGAGAAGAUGACUCCCAGUCGGAGAUCCAGAAUAUCAUGGGGCAAUUCCAAGAUCCUGCACGCAGCGGUGAUCAAGAUCAGAUCAUGUCGCCUCGGCUGGAGCUAGCGGAACAGUUCCUCAAUGGGCCGAAUUACUUUCCUCCACGACAGUCUAGUUUAGAUCAUUCCAAGAUGCCAGGCGAGGGCACUCAAUCUCUGCACACCAAGGCGGAAGCGUCGUCCCCAUCGCUUGACAAACAAACCUCAUCGGGACCCAAAGGCCUACACAAAAGCCCUAUGGUCGGCGAACCGAGUUUGACUCGGCGUUCGUCCACCUCGACUGUGCCUCCGCCGCCGGAGCCGGAGCCUGACCAGCCGUUCGACUUCCACCGAUUUCUGGAACAGCUGCGGCACCGCACCGCGGAUCCAGUGGCCAAGUUUUUGCGUUCCUUUUUAAAUGAGUUUGGGAAGAGACAGUGGAUGGUUCAUGAGCAGGUGAAAAUUAUCAGCGAUUUUCUGGCCUUUAUUACAAAUAAGAUGGCCUUGUGUGAUGUGUGGCGUGAUGUCUCGGACAGCGAGUUCGAUAACGCCAAGGAAGGAAUGGAGAAGCUUGUGAUGAAUCGACUAUAUGCCCAAACAUUCUCCCCUGCUAUACCUUCACCCCCGUCGAUUCCACGGAGCGCCAGUAGGAGCAAACGAAGAGAGAUGGAACGACUCCAUGGCCCGUGGCGACGAGGGCAACAUCAGGAGGAUAUUGAGCGUGAUGACGUGUUGGCCCAAAAGAUGCGGAUCUAUAGCUGGGUGAAGGAGGAGCAUCUUGACAUACCACCCGUGAGAUCCCACGGUCGUCGGUUUCUAAACCUCGCCCAACAAGAGAUUCUGAAGAUCAACGGCUAUCGCGCACCUCGAGACAAAGUCAUCUGCAUUUUGAAUUGCUGCAAGGUUAUUGUCGGGCUCCUGAAGAAUACAAAGAAGGCCGAUACAUCUGCCGAUGCAUUCGUGCCAUUAUUAAUCUACGUGGUGCUACAAGCCCGCCCUGAGCACUUGGUUUCUAAUAUCCAAUAUAUUCUUCGUUUUCGCAAUCAGGAUAAGCUCUCGGGAGAAGCUGGCUAUUAUCUGUCUUCGCUGUCUGGAGCCAUCCAAUUCAUUGAAACACUGGAUCGGACCAGCAUGACGGUGAGCGACGAAGAAUUUGAGCGGAAUGUCGAAGCGGCCGUCUCUGCCAUCGCCGAGAAGAAUCGAGAAUUGGAAUCUGUGAAUCCAAAGAUAAACACGGAGCGUUCGGCCGAAAGCUCCCAGGCGGCAUCGCGAGCUUCAGCGGAUAUCCAACGGGGCCGACGGGAAGCUGUACAGUCCAGCGAUGAGGACAUCGCACCUGUGGUAGGGCUCCUGCGCACUAUCCAGAAACCGCUAUCAACCAUCGGCAAGAUCUUCUCCGACGAGCCUGAUUCGCCGGUCGAACAACCGAUUCAGCCCGCGGCGACUCCUGCGGCGACUCCGCAACCUGGUGUGCCCCCGCGGCUGAGUCCGAACGUCUAUCAGCCUCCCCGGCACAGUGGCGAGGAGCGGCGGCCGUCAGCUGAGCGUCCGCGCCGGGUCCUGGACGCUCAGGAUGCCGCUGCGCGUCAGGCUAGCGCUGAGGACGCGGAAGCGCGAAGAAUCCAGCGGGCCGAGCAUAAUAAUGUAGUGGAAACGUUGUCGAACAUGUUCCCCAAUCUUGACCGGGAUGUCAUCGACGACGUUGUGAAAAUUAAGGAAGAAAGGGUUGGUUUGGCAGUGGAUGCAUGCCUUGCUCUUAGUGCCGAGUAG